GCAUUGCCAUGUCACCAGCUCUGUGACACACAGAACACAGACCUCUAGCYGUGGCAUGCCUCAGUCCCCUCUCCCCAGCUCCYGCUUCCCCUCUGUCUCUGCAGACWCRUGUGCUGCCAUGGUGAACGAGAAGCACAAUGGCAGCCUGCUGGUGCAGCUGGGGCCCAAGCUGCAGGCGUACCCAGAGGAGCUGCUCCGUCAGCGGCGAGGCCACGCCGGCCGGCCGGAGUACCUGGUGCGGUGGAGCGUGGUGAGCCUGGAGGAGAGAGCGGCGGGAGGCGGCGGYGCCUYCUGCACGGAGAGCGAGGCGGAGAGCAUCUCCAUGUGGAUGUCUGCGGACGAGGUGUGCGCCAGCUGCCCGGCGCUGCUGGGCCACGGGAGGCCGGAGGGGCCGCGGCCGAAGGAGGAGGAGGCGCCCGGUGCCGCGGCCGCGCCGCCGGACGAAGCGUCGCUGCUGGAGAUGGAGGCCGACGUGCGGAGCCUGGUGCGGCGAGCCCGGCGCCAGCUGGCCCGGGCCGGGACGCCCGAGGGCUCCGUGCUGAGCACGGUGCAGGUGCUGAGCGCCUACGCCGCCAUCGGCUCCCUGGCGGGCGCCUUCAGGGACACGGGAGCCCUGGARCUGCUGRUGGCCGUGCUGUGCCACCGGGAGAAGCGGAUCCGCCGCGCUGCCGGCGAGAUGCUGCGGGCUCUGGCUGCGCACGAUGCAGGGAGCCGGGCCCAUGUGCUGCUGUCCCUGAGCCAGCAGGAUGGCAUUGAGCAGCACUUGGACUUUGACAGCCGCUGCACCCUGCUGGAGCUGUUUGCUGAGAUCACAUCCUCUGCAGAGCACUGCAUGUCCUUCGAGGGGAUUCACCUCCCACAGAUCCCUGGGAAGCAGCUCUUCGUCCUGGUGAAGCGCUACCUGUGCGUGACGUCUCUCCUGGACAAGCUGAGCGGCGGCGUGGRGCUGGGAGAGGAGAGCCCUGUCCCUGAGGAGAGGAGCCGUGUGAAGGAGGAGUUUGAGUUCAGCAUGGCCAUGGGCAGCCUCAUCUCGGAGCUGGUGCACGCCAUGGGCUGGAGCCACGGGCACACGGCAGAGCCGCUGCCCCGACRGGAGCUGCAGCAUCGCGGCGCCCGCUCCAUCUUCCAGCACAAGAGCCCGGCCAGCGCUGCUGCCGAAGCCGCCCCCACGUCCCCGGCAAAGGAGCCCGUGACCUUCAAGACGCGCUCGGCGUUCCCGAGCCGCAGCAGCUACGUGGAGUACGUGCAGGCCACGCUGGUGAGCGGCAUGAGGGUGCGGAUGCUCGAGGACUACGAGCAGGUCACCGCCGGCGACGAGGGCGACUUUCGCCGCAGCAACGACGGCACACCCCCGGUGCAGGUGUACUGGCAAGCWCUGGGCUGCACGUACUGGGUUCACUGGCACAUGGUUGAGAUCAUUGGCCCUUCAGAGCAAAAGCGGCUUGAGGGCCAGGAGAAGAUGAACACCCUGAGACGAAACCACAGACUGAGAGCAGUUCCCCAGCCGUUCCUGUGCAAGCCCU